AUGGGACAUCUUAACAGCGUACGCUAUACCGCAGCAACAAGCAGCGCAGCAGCCGUCAUUCGGCCGCGGCCCAACUACUGUCAACUACCGGGCAACUACACCAUACUAGUCGAGUCUACCCUACGCUCUUUUGUCUCCUCUGAGUCUCCUCUCGGCAGUGCGCAGACGCUAAAACCCAGUUCUGGGAUGUGCUCAACUGGGGCCCCCGGGCAGUUUGGUUGGAUCGUUAGACUGGUGGAAUGGGGGGGCGGAGGUGUGGGUGGAUGGGUGAUUGGCCUGGACAAUCUGGACAAGGGAUGCAUUAAAGUCCGCAUCAUUCAAUCCACACAAUCCUUAGUUACAUCUCUUAUAUCACAAAUACGAGAAAAUGAGGUCUGCAAUUACACCCUGUGA